AUGGCUCCCUCUGCCAAUGCGCUGAAGCGCUCCAGGGGCCCGGCCACCGCCAACCAUCACGCCGACGGUGCUCCCCAGCCGAAGUCGAAGAAGGCCAAGGUCGAAGCCAACCGCUCUCUCUUCGUUCGAUCGCUUCCUCCUGACGCCACCAGCGAGUCCCUUGCCGACUACUUCUCGCAGCACUUCCCCGUCAAGCACGCCACGGUUGUUGUGGACCAGGCGACGAAAGAAUCGCGAGGCUUUGGAUUCGUUACCCUGACUGACGCCGAAGAUGCUCUUGAGGCGAAAGCGAAGCUCAACAACGAACUCUGGGAAGGACGUCGUAUCACGGUCGAUCUGGCUGAAGCCCGAAACCGUGACCAGAACAGCUCAGCGAUAGAGGAGGCUUGGGUGUCGCCCAAGCUCAUCAUUCGCAACCUGCCAUGGAGCGUCAAGACCCCGGCACAGCUUCAGGCUCUCUUUCAGAGCUACGGCAAGAUCAAGUUUGCUGAUCUUCCCAUGAACAAUGGCAGGCUCAGGGGUUUCGGAUUCGUCACCAUUCGUGGCGAGAAGAACGCUGAGAAUGCAAUCAAGGCCAUGAACGGCAAAGGCAUUGACGGAAGAACUAUUGCUGUCGAUUGGGCUGUUGAAAAGGAGGAGUGGGAUAACCAGCAAGGCGCUGAAGUCGACACGGAGAAGCCUGUCAGAUCGGCCAAGAAGAUCAAGGAGAAGCCCGAGGAGAAGCCCGAGAGCAAAACCGAAAAGACUGCGAAGAAGUCUGUCAAGUCUGCGCAGCCAGCCUCGGAUGACGCCGAUGCUCAACUCAACGCGGAUCUCGAGAACUUCAUGAAGAACACCAUGGGCAAUCUCGAGGACGAAGAAGAUAGCGACGAAGAGGAGGAGUCCGACGAGGACGAUGAUGAAGAAGACGACGGCGCCAAGCUCGAAGAGUCCGACGAGGAAGAGGAAAGCGACGCCGAGGAAUCGAAACCCACAGAACAACCCGAGGCCGCCAAGAAGACGACGAACAACGACUCCACCGUGUUCAUCCGCAACCUGCCCUUCACAACGACUGAUGAGCAGCUCAAGUCCCAUUUCGCCCGUUUUGGUCCCGUUCGGUACGCUCGUGUCGUCAUGGAUCGCGCAACGGACCGGCCUGCCGGUACCGGCUUUGUGUGUUUCUUUGACGAGGCCGACUCCAAGGCCUGUGUAAAGAACGCCCCUCGCAGCCAAGCCGCUCCUCUUGUCGGCAAGCACUCCAUCCUGCAAGACGAGACGGCAGACCCCGAAGGCAAGUACACUUUGGACGGUCGGUUGCUGUCUGUUGCCCAGGCCGUCAGCAAGGAUGAUGCUGGUCGUCUGGCCGCUGAUGCCGGCGUGAAGCGCCGGGCCAACGACAAGCGCAGGCUCUUCCUCCUCGAGGAGGGUCAGCUCGACACCCGGUCAGCCAUGUACAAGAGCUUGUCGCAAGCCGAGAUCAUGAUGAGAGACAAGAGCAGACAGCAACGCAAGAAGCUUGUGGAGGGCAACCCUUCCCUGCACAUCAGUCUGACCCGUCUUGCCGUCCGUAAUAUUCCUCAUAGCAUGACCUCCAAGGAGCUGAAGCAGUUGGCGCGAGAGGCCUGUGUCGGUUUCGCUACAGAUGUCACAAACGGCCUGCGCCAGCCGCUGUCGAAGGAGGAAAAGGCUCGCGCCAACAAGGAGGCGAAGGAGGCCGAGCACAACCGCAAGCUCAAGGGCAAGGGUAUCGUACGCCAGGCCAAGAUUGAGUUUGAGAGUCGUGACGGAUCCAAGGUCACCGAAGCAGCUGGCGGAAAGAGUCGAGGCUAUGGCUUCAUCGAGUACUCGUCUCAUCGAUGGGCACUGAUGGGCCUCCGAUGGCUCAACGGACAUCAAAUGGACAAUGACCAAGGCCGCAAACAACGUCUGGUGGCGGAAUUCGCUAUUGAGAACGCGCAGGUCGUACAGAGGCGCAAGGCUACGGAGGGGAAGCAAACGUCCAAGAAGCAAGAGGCCGAAGAGGACAAGGAGGAGCCUGCAGAUGAGCAGGCCCCGGAACCCGAGAAGAAGACCGCGAAGCACAAGUCCAAGCCCAGUCAGAAGUCGAGCAAGAAAUUUGCGCUGAAGACUGGAGCGAAGCCGCCUGGCUCGGCCAAGCCUGCAGAAACGUCAAGCAAGCCAGCGAGCAAGACUGCUGGUGGGUCUAAGACGGCGGCUGUCUCGGGGAAGAAGGCAGCCAAGGAAGAGCAGAAGGAAGAUAUGCAGCACAAGCUGAUUGCGAGGAAAAGGUUGAUGCGGAAGAAGAAGGCUCAGUCGCGCGGCAAGGCUUAA